AUGCCUCCUCUACCUGGUACAUCCGCAACAGCCCCGUUCGCGUCCACGCCGACAGAAGCAGAUCCCUAUUUGUAUCAAGUGGGCUUUGGAAACCAGUUUGCAUCGGAAGCAAUCCCGGGCACAUUGCCAAGAGCUUGCAACACCCCCCAAAGAUGCAAAUACGACCUUGUAUCAGAACAGCUUAACGGCACGCCCUUUGUGUCUCCGCGAGCUUCUUUGCUCCAUGCGUGGUUCUAUCGCAUCCGACCGUCUGUGGUUCACAAAAAGCUAAAAUCAUUACCGAAGAACCCGGACAUCGAAGCCAACUUCUCUCCCAGCAACGAGAAGGUCACUUUUACCCCGCAUGAUUUGGGAUGGGAUGCAUUUAGCAUUCCUAAACCAUCGGACUCGAUUGACUUCAUCCAGGGGUGGAAGACUAUCAGCGGCCACGGCGAUCCUGCUUCAAAAGAAGGCCUGGCAGUCCAUAUCUAUACGGCCAAUUCAUCUAUGACCAACAAAUCUUUUUGUAACAAUGAUGGGGAUCUUCUAAUCAUCCCACAAGAGGGGAGAUUGGACAUUCAGACAGAAUUCGGACGCAUAAUGGUGCGUUCCGGCGAGCUUCUUGUGAUCCAGGCCGGCAUGCGAUUCACAGUUGGCCUGCCGGAUGGCACUGCGCGGGGGUAUAUCCAGGAGAUCUUCGGCAGCCACUACGAGCUUCCAGAAUUGGGCCCGGUCGGGUCGAACGGCAUGGCCAUGCCUCGCGAUUUUGAGACCCCAGUAGCCGAUUUUGACAUCGACCAGUCCAAGUGGCAGGUUGUCGUGAAGCUGAUGGGAAACCUAUUUGUGUAUGAACAAGAUCAUACCCCCUUCGAUGUUGUCGCAUGGCAUGGGAACUACGCUCCAUAUAAAUACGCCAUGGAAAAGUUUAUCAACACCGCCACCGUCGAUCGGGACCAGAGUGACCCUUCAAUCUACUGUGUACUCACAGCGAAGUCGAAACGAUCGGGAGUAGCCUUAUCUGAAUUCUUAGUAUUCACUCCAAAAUGGGGUGUUACGCGCAAUACCUUCCGACCGCCAUAUUAUCAUCGGAAUGUGGCGACAGAAAUCAUGGGCAUGACUUACGGAACAUGGUCGGGGUCUGCCACCUCGUUACACCCUGGCAGUCUCACCUACGAGCCAAGCUACAUGCCACAUGGUGAGUCGUUUGAGCGAUGGAAAGAAGCUACCAGCAUGGACUUGAAACCUCAACGGAUCGGCGAAGGAGCAAUGGCAUUCAUGAUGCAUAUAUCAUCUCAUGUUUCCUUGACAGAAUACGCACUCGAACGCAGUGAGAAGCUGCAACACCAGCCGGAUGAAUUUUGGAAUGAUUUCAAGGGCGGAUUCAUGGACCAUUUGGACGAAGUGAAUGCAGAUUUAGAAAAUGCUGGUCGUUCUGGGCUGCAAGUGGAGCAUCGCCAGUGA